AUGCUAACACAUCACAGGUCAAAUGCAGAAGCUCCCCCAUACUCGGCCGCGGCGCUGCCGGCAGGGCACUUGGACCUGCGCCUACGGUACCGCAAGCUCGCCGCGCGGAGUGAGAUUCACAGUGUCGGGCUGUCCUCGGACGCGCGCCGCCCCGUCGCCUACGCCACCUUCAACGGCGGCCAGAUGGACCAGGUGUGGCUCGACAUGUUUGAGCUCGACUCACAGCGCGGCCUGUCCAAGGUUCCCGGGAGCCACGCCGCCUUUGCGCCCGGGCCCGGCACCGGCACCACCACCACGACGCGCGUGGCCACCCUCCGCGACUGGACCGUGCAGCUCGGCCCCGGCGUCGACUACAGCCACUCCACGUCGCUCCUCGUCCGCGACGUCGCCACCGGCAAGUCGCUCCUCGAGAUCAAGGGCGCCUGCGGGGAGCCCGUCGCCUGGAGCCCCGACGGGCGCCUCGUCGCCGCCGCGGAGCCGCGUCGCCACCGCAUCGGCGUCUGGGACGCCCGCUCCGGCCAGCUGCGCGGCCGCGUCGUCUCGCACAUCGACAGCGUCGCCUUUGCGGCGUUUACGCACGACGCGCAGCCACAGCUCGUGACGGCCGCGCGCGACGGCACGCUGCGCCUCACGGACCCCGCGACGAGCCGCACCGUCGCGCGGCUCGAGAUCGAGGGCCUCGGCGCGGGUAACCCCCGCGCGCUCGCCGUGGCCCGCGAAGGCAGCACUGGGCCUGUCGUCGUCUCUGUCUGGGGAGCCACCGUGCACGUCUGGAGGCCGCGCGCGGGGCAGGUGGCCUCGUACGCGCUCGCGGCGGUGCGUCGCACCGAGGGCGUCCCGCUGACGCUCUCUCCGGACGCGCGCUACAUGCUCUGCUGGACCGAGGGCGGCGGCUUCGACAUCAUGGACGCACGGACGGGCACGACCCUCGCGGAGCGGCCUGGCGGCGCGCUCGUCACGGCCGCGGCCUUCUCGGCGGACGCGAGCGUGCUGCUGCUCGGCCGCAUGGACGGCUACCUCGAGGUCUGGGACAUUGUCACCAAGUCGUAG